AUGUGGUGGAUGAUGGGAGAAGCCGGUGGACAUUACUGUUCUAAGAAGACUGACGAUAUCUGCGGCGGUGUUUGUAGUCAGGAAACUGGUAAAUUCUUCAGCUUCUCUAGACUCUGCUGUGCACUCCGCGGCGUCGAUAUGAAGACAUACAUCUUCCUACUAGUGAUUGUUCCCACAUGCGUACUCGCUGGUUACGUCCACGGCCAGAAGAUCUCUUACUUCCUCCGUCCACUAUGGGAAUCACCACCAAAACCUUUCCACGACAUCCCUCACUACUACCACGAGAACGCUUCAAUGGAGACUCUCUGCAAACUCCACGGCUGGGGCGUUCGAGAAUACCCUAGACGAGUCUACGACGCCGUCUUGUUCAGCAACGAGCUCGACAUCCUCGCCGUCCGUUGGAAAGAGCUUUAUCCGUACAUCACACAGUUCGUCCUCCUCGAGUCAAACUCGACCUUCACAGGUCUGCCAAAGCCUCUCGUCUUCGCUGCUCACAGAGACGAGUUCAAGUUCAUAGAGCCUCGCUUGACUUACGGUACGCUCGGUGGAAGAUUCGUCAAAGGACAGAAUCCGUUUUACGAGGAAGCCUAUCAGCGAGUAGCUCUUGAUCAGCUUCUUAGAAUCGCAGGGAUCACUGAUGAUGACUUGUUGCUGAUGUCAGACGUCGAUGAGAUUCCGAGUAGACACACUAUAAACCUCUUGAGAUGGUGCGAUGAGGUGCCUAAGAUACUUCACUUGCGGCUCAAGAACUAUCUCUACUCGUUUGAGUUUCUUGUUGACAACAAGAGCUGGAGAGCUUCAGUGCAUAGGUACGAGACUGGGAAGACGCGGUACGCGCAUUAUCGACAGUCUGAUGAGAUCUUGGCGGAUGCGGGAUGGCAUUGUAGCUUCUGCUUUAGACGGAUCAGCGAGUUUGUGUUCAAGAUGAAAGCUUAUAGCCAUAAUGAUAGAGUGAGGUUUAGUCAUUUCUUGAAUCCUAAGAGAGUGCAGAGAGUUAUAUGCAAAGGAGCUGAUCUUUUCGAUAUGCUUCCUGAGGAGUAUACGUUCAAGGAGAUUAUAGGGAAGAUGGGUCCGAUUCCGCAUUCUUUCUCGGCUGUUCAUCUUCCUUCGUAUCUACUGGAGAACGCUGAGAAGUAUAGGUUUCUCUUGCCGGGGAAUUGUAUAAGAGAAGAAGAAUGA